CAUAAAGGACAUCAAUAUGUAUCAGAAAGUUUUAAAAAUUUGGCGUGGUCAUUUUUAAUGAAAUUAUUGUCAUACUUAAGUAUUACUUCUUAUACAAUGAUUAAUAUUUGUAGCACAGUGGGCAUGGCAUCAUAUCAAUGGCCAACAGUGGUCACAGUGACACCAAUGGAUCUCAAUUCUUCAUUACUUAUGCUAAACAACCCAGUCUUGAUAUGAAAUACACCAUAUUUGGAAAAGUGAUUGAUGGAAUGGAUACUCUUGAUGAUUUAGAAAAGGUACCAGUUAAUGAUAAGAAUUAUAGACCAAUUCAAGAUAUUUACUUGAGAAGAGUAACAAUCCAUGCUAACCCCAUUGCUGACUAACUAACAGGUUUAAUAACA